GGGGCGGAGCGGGUCCGAGGGCGGUGCAGGGCGGAGUGGAGCGACCAUGGCGGAGCCCGGGUCUCUCCCGCUGCUGGCGGCAGCGCUCCGGGCGCACGAAGCGGCUUUCGGGGGGAGGGCGGUGCUGGCGGUGUGGGCUCCCGGCCGGGUCAACCUCAUCGGCGAGCACACCGACUACAACGGUGGCUUCGUGCUGCCCGUGGCCCUGCAGCUGGGGACAGUGCUGGUGGGAUCCCCCACGCAGGAUGGGACCAUCUCCAUCGUCACCACCGCAGUGGAGGCAGAUGAGCCCCACAGGGUGCAGUUCCCAGCUCCCUGCCAAGGCAGCCCUCUGAGCCCGGGGCCACCUCGAUGGGCCAAUUACAUCAAAGGUGUCAUCCAGCACUACCGGGGUGGUCCUGUGCCAGGCUUCAGUGCUGUGGUGGCCAGUGACAUUCCCCUGGGUGGGGGCCUCUCCAGCUCAGCUGCUCUGGAGGUGGCUACUUACACCUUCCUCCAGCAGCUCUGCCCUGAUGAUGGGGAUUUGGUAGCCAAGGCGUUGGCAUGCCAGAAAGCAGAGCACGUGUUUGCUGGCAUGCCCUGUGGGAUCAUGGACCAGUUCAUAUCUGUCAUGGGCAAGGAAGGCCACGCACUGCUCAUCGACUGCAGGUCCCUGGAGACUGUCCUUGUCCCACUGACCGACACCAGCUUGGCCAUCCUCAUCACCAACUCCAAUGUGCGGCACACACUGACGGGCAGCGAGUACCCCACGCGCCGGCGGCAGUGUGAGGAGGCAGCAGCAGUGCUGGGCAAGGCCAGCCUGAGAGAUGCCACCAUGGCCGAGCUGGAAGUGGCCAGGAGCCAGCUUGGUGAGGAGGUGUACUGGCGGGCCAGGCAUGUCAUUGGCGAGAUAGCACGGACAGCCCAGGCAGCUCAGGCGCUGCGGGACAAGGACUACAGAACGUUUGGGAGGCUGAUGGUGGAGAGUCAUAACUCCCUCAGGGACAACUACGAAGUGAGCUGCCCAGAGUUGGAUGAGCUGGUGGCAGCAGCCCUGGAGGUUGAUGGGGUUUAUGGCAGCAGGAUGACUGGGGGAGGCUUUGGAGGCUGCACAGUGACACUGCUGGAGGCUGGGGCUGCAGAGAGAGCCCAGCACCACAUCCAGGAGAAAUACAACGGCACAGCCACCUUCUACCUCACCAAACCCUCCGGAGGGGCAAAGCUGCUGCCCCUGUAGAAGAGCCAUCAGCUCACCUGGGCAGGGAUUGCCUCCCUGGGGGAGGCUGCUGCUUUCUUCACUUCACAAGGGAGCCAAUUUGUCUGUCUGCAUCAUUUGCCUAAUAAAUGCAGAACGUUUACACAGUCAUUCUGCGUCCACCUGAGCCAAGCUCUGAAAGUGC